AUGAAUACGAUCACAACUACGGCUCUGCCAGCUGCAUUGCCCGUUUCACGACCACAGUACAUAGCGUCGUCUGCAAAUACUACAGUUACUUUCCUCUCGACUCCAGGAGACGAUAAAAGUUUGAUCGUCAGUUCUACCGCUGGACAGGCCGUCACUUUACAACCACUAACACCAACCUCAAUAUCGUUUACGACGUAUACGUGGAACCCCGAUGAACGCCAGGUAUAUUGGGCGAUAGGUCUUGCCGGGGAGACCUCUCCUGUGAGAGGAGCCGUCUCCAUCAGAACAACACCUUUAGAUGACCCACCCACUUCAUCGGUCGCUGUAAGUGCGCCCACCAUUGCCACCACAACCACCCAACCUUCUACAAUUGUAUCUGUUCCACCCUCUACUACCGGAACUACAACAACCUCAGGGACAGUAGUUUCUCAAGCGCCAGUGACCGCAAACAAAGGGAGCAGUGGAGUUGCCGGCGGAACCGUCGCAGGUGUCGCUAUCGGUUGCCUCGUCGCCGGGGCUCUGAUCGCGGGUGUCAUCUUCUGGUUUUGCUGCGGCAAGCGUAGAAAGACACAUGAACGGGAUUCAGAGGCAAGCAAACGUGCCUUGAUGCCACGAGAGAAAGGCCCUACUGUGAUAGCAAAUUCGCUUGGGAGCAAAGGACAUGCAGCAUCCCCGUUGGGAAGCGGCCUUCCUCAACCAUUAGAAGACGAGGUCAUAUCAGGUGAAAUCACCAAAAUCAGCAGCUCGAUCAAAAACCACGUCAAAAGCUACUAUCAUGCCAGUCCCAUGAGUUCAGGGCUGGUCGACACGGAUGACAUUCAGGCACUUGGCUAUGACAUGCCAGUCUCCGUUGGAACUCUCAGUACAUUACUUGGAAAUCCUGCUACAAGGGAAACUGCUUUGCAAUUUUGUAUCGCUUGGGUCGUUGUUUCCGGGAUGCAACCACACAAUGAUCCUCUGAGGAGUUUUCUUCCACGAAAUGCGGGUGGAUGUUAUCAGGAAAUCUUGACCCCAAAUCCCGAACCCAGACCUCACGCGGCAUCUACGGCAAGGUGGCGAACGGCGACUGCAGCUUUGCUACCGUCCACUUACGUUCGCAGCCCAUUCUCCCCGACCGACAGUCGAAACGCCAGUAUUCAAGCAGCGGUUGACGUUCUUGAUAACAUACUAGUGCCAUAUGCAAACUCGCGAGCCGACAACGGGCAGCGAAAGCGCAAUCUCGAGGAAAUCCUGAAGCGCUCUGCACUGUUCGCUUUUACACUUUUCUCACAGCCUAGUUCUUGGGAGUUUGACUGGAAGGAGCAGAAGGGUAGUGCCAGGUCAGGUGGCUUCUGUAUCUUCCCCGCUCUUGUGCAAGCCUCAAACGAGGCCGGUGAGCCCGUAAGGCCCCCAAGGCCAUUUAGCGAGGCUGUGAUUCGGCGAUUGGACGAGUGA